CUGUAGAAAAUCAAGAGUGAGGAAGAAAAGGGUUGCACUUUAAGCAGCUGUAGUCAUUCAACUGAAACUAGCUGCGACUCAAGGCUCUAAGCAAGAAACCAGUCCAGGCAACGCCCCCCAGAAAUACAGAAUGAUUCACCCUUUCCUAAACGUCAGAUCCCUUAGCACUACAUCUGUGUUCCUAACACUACAAAAUUUAAAGAGCAAUUGGACAAACCCAGGGUAAAGGGCCAUUUGCAGUUGGAGAAAAAGAGAUACUUCCCCUCCCGUAAAGCAUCCAGGUGACUGUGACCAGCACCGUGAGGCAGCUCAGUGUCCACGGUAUGUCUUCCCAUCUGCUCCUGAUGGCCCUGACAGGCAGGUGGGUGCCCCCUGCCACGUUGGGGGUGCUGCACCAAGCACCUGGCUCAGCGUCUCUACUGGUUUGCCCAGUGCUGCUUUGUUAUGGCGCCAGGGCUGGGAUGGGGCCAGCCACCCCCACCGGUAUGCUGACUCCUCCACUGACACAGUCACUCCAGGAACACCGAAGCCUCAGAGUCUCAGGUGCCUUUUUCUUCCAAAUAUGGCUGGCAUCUCCCAACGCGCUCGACCCAAGCCCAGAUCACAUGCAGCUCCCAGGCCGGCACUGUUCUGACAGCAUAUGGCCAUUUGGGACGGAUCCCCCCGCAGCUGCUGCCCUCGCCGUCAGCAAGGUGGAUGCACACCCAGGGCUCGAAUCUUGUGGGCUCAGGUCCUGCGGGCUGCACCAGCCCCUGGCCACGGUUCCCCUGCACAACGGGAACGACAGGAUGAAUUUCAUGUUUUCAGAGAGCAGAGUUUUGCUUCUUUCUAAAAAUGUAUUUAGUUAUUUUGGUUCUAAAAAUGCAAGGAAAGAGCCCUAUAUCUGGAUCCAACCACAUUGCUUCUCUCUGAGUCUUCGAGAUUUACAGCAUAUAAAUUACAAGCAGCCUGAGAAAGGGGAAUUACCCCCAGCUGUCAGCUCAGACAACUGAGGCCCAGGUAGGUGGCUGAUCCAAGAUCGACAUAUACUAUAUGGAUGAGCUCCCUCUGUAAAUACACAAUUACUAGGAGGGCUGUACUGAUGGGGUACAAGGGCUGUGAAAAAACUCAAGAAGUUGUGACAGCAUCCACAGUGCUACCCCGCAUGGCAGCACUGGCCAGGCCCUGGCUCCCCGCGAAACUGAAGGCUUCUCAUUCUCAGGGCAUGUGAAAUAAGAAGUGUCAGAUGGAUAUGAAAACUAACAGGAACAAUACUGCCAAAAAUCAUCUAACAUGUACCCCGACCUCCCUGUCCAGCUAUUUUCCGUUCCUGUCUAGCAGGCUGGGUCUCGAAGGAUGUCGGGGAGGCUGUGUCAAAAACAGACUCACACACGGGAAUGCUAUUCAUGAUCCAUGGCAGAGUGUCGGCCUCCAGGAGGCUCAGGACCCAGGUCCCAUCUGCACCUUGCCCCAGUGUGGACCUCGCAUCCCUAACCAAACCCACGUCUCCAGGGGCCAGCCGGAGAGCCCUUUCCUGACUGAAGACAGCAUUAGCCCGCAUCCCGCCGUGCUGCCAGCCAAAGGGGUGUCCACGUGGCAGGUCAGGAGCCACUUUCCCUCUGAGAUGACACAGGAUGCAGCCUAGGCACAUCCUGAAACCAGUCUCAAGAGUGUGUGCAAAUAUGAUUCAUGAAAUACCAGCAAAAUGUCUUAAAGUUCCUAACCUGGGGAACCGAUACAUCCCUCCUAACGAUGGUCUAGACAAGUAUUUUUAGAAGCUCUUAAUGAUAACAUUUCUUUCUGGAUUUGUAUAGAUUUAGUCAUUAGAAAGUCUUCAGAGUCUUCAAAGAGUUGAAAUUAGACCCCUCGCCCCAACUGAAGACAUUCUUUCCUAUGACCUUUUGUGUGAGGGUCAAAGGAAUUUUUUUUUUGAGACAGGGACUUACUCUGUUGCCCAGGCUGGAGUACAGCAGCGCAAUCUUGGCUCACUGCAGCGUCAACUUCCUGGGCUCAAGUGAUCCUCCCACUUCAGCCUCACGAAUAUCCUACAAGCAUGCACUACCGUGCCCAGCUAAUUUAUACAUUUUUUGUAGAGAUGGGGUUUUGCCAUGUUGCCCAGCCUGGUCUUAAACUCUUGAGCUCAAGCUAUCCACCCAUCUUGGUCUCCAAAAGUGCUGGCAUUACAGGUGUGAGCCACUGUACUUGGCCCAAAGGAAUUUUUAAUGAUGAGUUGGUCCAUUUUAUUGGCUGAAAACACACCUGUAUUAUCCCAGUUUGUUUAGGGACAGUGGGGUCAAGAGAUGGCCAUGAACAGACAGUAAAAAAUAAGACACCACAACCUCAUAAUAAACACCACAUAUGACAUGGCUGAAAAAUGCAGGUGUGAGGGGAAGUGUGUAGGCUUUCCUCAUCACUUCAGGAACGUCUGUCCAACUGCACACACACACGCUCGCACGUCACACGGCCACUGACAACAGCAGACAUGGGUGGGCUCAUCAGGCACCACAGCCUCCCUGGGAGUGAGCUCGGACAGUGUUCCGCAGCCUGCUUGCCUGCACGUGACCCCAUGGGCGUGCAUUUAGGAACACCCACAAGAAGAGGGUGGGCCUCCUCCCACUGCCUGAGUUCACCCGCUCUGUGGGGCAUAGAUGCCCUCAUUUCCCCAGCUCUUCCCAUGCACAUGCAUUUAGGACACUCCCAAGUGUUUAUGAUACCAACAAGGUUGCAAUGGACACCCUUAGAUGUGCGUGCACAAGCUCCUCUGUAGAGAGGAUUUCUCUAGGGCGGGGAGUUGCCAGGAAGACGUUAUGAGCCCCAAUGCCAACUGGUAACAGGUGAGUGCCCUCCGGAGGGGCUGCCCUAAGACCCCGCCGUCCCGAGAGCCCUGUGUCCCCACGUUCCAACCAGGUCGUACUUAGCGUUUACCUUCUGUCAAUCUGAAGAAACGGCACCCUGAAGACCAGUGGUUGCCGGGACUGGGGUAGGGAGGGCUGAACACAGAGCAGAGGAUUUCCAGGGCAGUGAACCUACUCUGCGUGAUGCUGCAGUGGUGGACAACGCUGCGAUACAUUUGCCCAAACCCACAGAAGCACGGCACCAAGAGUACGCCCCAGUGGACCCUGAGUGAUGAGGGAGUGUGGACCCUGGGCAAUGAGGGACUGUGGACCCUGGGCAAUGAUGACAGGCCCAUGCAGGCUCACUGACUGUAACAAACACACCACUCCAGGACGGGGCUGAUGGGGGGUUGGGGGUGCUGUGUGUGUGUGGGAGGAGGGGUACAUGGAAAAUUCCGUACUUUUCAUUCAAUUUUGCAGUGAACCUAAAACUGCUCAAAAAAUAAAGUCUAUUAAUAAAACAGUGCCUUGUUUUAAUAGGCAAUCUUAGUUGCUAAUGAGGCUAACUUAUAUGUGUACGAGUUUAUUGUUUAUUUCUUUUUCUGUGGGCUGCCUGUUCAUGUUCUUUGAACAUCUUCUAUUGGGUUGGUUAUCUUUUUCUUAAUUCAAUAAGAAAUCUUUGUAUUUUAAGAACAUUAAUUCUUAGUCAUAUAUACAGGAAUUUUUCCCCAAUUUUUCCUCCAUAAAUAUUUGAUACACAUAUUUCAAUGUGACAAAAGUUAUUAAACUGUACCAUUUUAUUUAUUAUGGUAACUUCUGCCUUUGUGGCAUGCUUGGAGAGGCUUUCUCCACUGCAAAGUAAUAAAACUAUUCUACUGCUUUUUAUCUUGGAGGUUUAUAGUUUCAUUUUCAUGGUGAAAUUCCCAU